UGUAAUAUGAAAUGGCUGCUGUACUUCCGUCGCAUGAGGAACUUGGUUAUGAUCUAUCUUGUUCUCCCAAUAUGCAGUGGCCCUGUAAACAUGAAAGGAAAACGGCUCGACAUACUUCAGCUGUCAGACAUACGGUGUGAUUGUCGAAUUCCUGGAAAGAUUUACAAAGGAAACCGGAACGAGACAAAAGACGGGAAGGUGUGCAGCGAAUGGAGAAAGGAAAUAUCAGAUGAAUCAGAGUAUGGUGAAAUGGUGAAAACAGAUACAAACUAUUGCAUAAACCUGUAUACAGAUGAACCUGUAUGUGUUCCGAGGAAACAGUCGGAUUGGACCUCGUGUGGUGUUCCCAUUUGCAGUGACAAUCUCUGUGUAAAUGAUGAAUUUCUACAAAAGAGGUACCAAUUCUUGCCCUUGCACAACCGGUUACAGUGUAUGUACACAGAUUUAAGCUCAUUGCUGCCAUCAUCGCUGCUUCACUGUGGACUAGCACAAAGCCUUGUGAAGACAAUACAGCUCAAGAACAUACAAUGCCCAGACCACAGAACCAUGACCAGAGCUCUGACAUUGCACACAGACGACUCCAAACAAAUGUUUGAGAAAUGUUACCGUCUUGAGAACAAUCAGCGUGAAUUAUUGACGAGGAGAAUACAAAAGGGACAAUAUUGUCUGAAAUAUCUGAAAAACAUAUUCUUGUCUGAAACAAAGGAACAGUUCUGCAGGUCAAUGUCCGUGUUUGCAAACUGCAAGUUGUCAAAAUUGAUGGAGGUCACUGAUGAAACAAUCACAGAAUAUGACAAGAGCUUUGUUGUCAGACGACUACAGAGAGAGCUCCAGCACAUCGGAAUUGAACAGUACAACUGUGAGGCAUAGUUAUCAGUUUUUUUUAAUUUAAAAUUGUAUUCCACAACCUUAAUUUCUCUUCACAAUAUUUCAAUCAAUAUAAAAUAUAAUUGUUUUCAUCAAUGAUGCUUUUUACUUUGUUUCGACAUGCCAAAUAGGCAGCAACACAUCACAUACAAGACAGAGCGGUUAGUACAUCAUUAGAUUCACAAUAUAAUGUAAUUUAUACAAAAUGUCAUGACUUUGAAAGUUUUACUCGUUUGUUAAAUGAAUCUUAAUCAAUCAAACACAGAACACGAUUAUAAUCUUUUCUUAAUUUGUUUUCUUCUUUCUUUAUUCAGAAAAUGCACCAAGGAACGCUUCCCCGUAUUUGGACGGCAAUAGAAGUCUCCCAAUUACUU